CAACCGGAAGUAGCAUCUUUGUAGUUGAAGCUAACUCACGCAGCAGCAGCAGCCAUGAAGAUGACAACAGAAAACAGUUCUGGAAACUCGGAAAUAACUAUGGAAGAUGUAAAAAACCUUAUGAAAAAGAAAGACAACAUUGAAGAACAGAUAAAGGCUUAUUACGACGUUUUAGAGGACCAAGGUGUCGGAGUGGAGGGGCCUCUGGUUGACGACGAGGGGUACCCCCGAGCAGAUGUUAAUGUGUACCAGAUCAGGACAGCCAGGCACAACAUAUCAUGCCUGCAGAACGAUCACAAGGCCAUCAUGGUAGAGAUCGAAGAAGCCCUGCACAAGCUGCACGCCCGCGAGAAAGCCAAGCGGUCACAGGACGAGGCAGAGGCCCAGGGGGAGGCGAUGGAGCAGCAGGUUUCCCUGCCCCCUCCCUUUGCCCGGGUGGACGCUGUGACUGACGGCUCACCUGCUUGUGCGGCUGGACUCAGAGUCGGUGAUGAGGUCAUCGAGUUUGGCUCUGUGAACUCGCAGAACUUUCAGAACCUCCAGAAUAUUGCUUCCGUGGUACAACACAGUGAAGGGAAACCAUUGCGUGUUGUCGUUAUCCGGGUUGACCAGAAAGUUCAGAUGAGCUUAACUCCACAGCGAUGGUCAGGCAGAGGUCUGCUGGGAUGCAACAUUGUUCCUGUCCAGCGAUAAUUGCCGUGACGUUGUGCAGAAUUUAUUUAAAUUUUCUCCACUUAUGUUGCCCAAUGAGUGGUUUCCCGCUGACUUUGUACAUACUGCAGAACUUCAAUCGGAUUAAAAUUUUCAACAUCUUCAUAAA